UCUGGACGUGGUACCCCCGCCUGAAUUGAAAGCAGCAGGGAUCCAGUUCCUAUCAACCAAGUUUCAAGGGAUCCAUCCCGACAUAAGUUUACGGAACGGUGGUUACUCUAGUUGCAUUAUCACCACAAAGUGGUGCGUGGUGUGGAGUCCAAGGAAAAAAUCAGCCAAUCGUAUGUCAGGUCUACAAAGUAAUAAUGAGUUUUAAAUACAUUGGAGAGGUUAUGUACAUUCACACAAUAUUUGGGCUCGAGUGUGUGAAGGAUUGUUUGUGUUUCAGAACUCGGAACACUCUCUCAUCGACAUCGCGUAGGCGACAUGAUUGAGCAGCUUGGUGAAACCGGAAAGGGCUCCACUUGAUUUUUUCAGGUGGCGAGAGAAGUGUUUCGACGUAAUGGCUGAUCCUGGACGACACAUCGUCUAUUGUGUCAAUUUGACGGAAGACUGUAAAGGAACAACGGCCACGCAAGAAUGCGCGAUGACAUAUAAUGAUUCCUCAUCGUCAGGCCUAAGAGACGACAUCAUGUCGUCGUCGAUGAGGUUCAACACGUAGGAAUUAUAGCAAGGAAGAAGCAGACCGAGCGAGGGGUCAUCUGCCGCCAUGGACGGGCCCACGAUCUGGUUAAGCGAAGAAGUACGUCAGAGACUUGCGAAAGGAAAAAAAUCUUAAAAAAAAAAACCGAAAAUCUUUUAAAAAUGAAAAAAUUUGGGAAGAAAGCUUGCCUUUGACAGUGCAGGGAAACCUCGAGCGCUAACCAGAUUAACCAUCGACAGCGUCUCAUCGUGGUCACCGGGAAAAUAUUGGCCUUUACAAGGUCAAGACGAUAAAGUACCAGGUCACCUGUUUUUGGUUAUGGAGAGAAUGGCCACUACAGCCGAAGAGAGAAGAAGGGCCCGGAUCGGCCGACCGACGCUCCCGGUGCAGAACCUCAUGGCAAAUGCUUAUCACAACGUUCUGCUCCGGUACUCAACGCCCGUGGCUCACGUCGACGUGUCUCAUAGGAGCGCCCCGCGCACAAGCCUCGAUCUCCUUCAGUCCGAGCCAGCACGCCGCUGAUUGGCAGCCAAGGACCGUCGGUACUGAGAAUGAACCAAGCUGAAAGAUGCAUAUCUUACAAACGCUCGAGGGGAGUUGUGCGGCCAACGGAGCAACAAGUGGGUUCUCGUACAUUCAUGAGAUCUCCGUGCGUGCAGAAAGCGACAGGUGGGUCGUCUGGGCUGCUAGUGUCCACGCGAGCGUUACUGUGGGCUCCGUCCGUCGCUGCAAUCCGUAGCCAACCAGGCGCGGGCGCAGAGGGAGAGAUCUUCCGCUGAGCCGCUACUGCAAUAGAGAGAGUGACGGAGGCGGAGCCAAGAAGAGCUUGCGCGCCCGAGAGGUGUUGCGAAUUCCGGAGCCAUGGCGAGUCUCGGAGGUGCAGCGACUCUGUGUUGGAAGCAUAAUUAUGCGCUGAAUUGUGGACGGUUCGAGCAUGAAGGGCUUCAGUGCAGGAGAUUGCGGACCGGGAGGAAUGCUCUCUGUGUGAGGACGGUCGAGAGAAAAUCUUUGGUUGCUCGCGCUGCUUUGAGCGAGGGUGCUGCGUUUUGGGAUGAUCAAACGGAGAAAGACACGUUCUCCAAGUAUUCGGGGUACAUUGCAGCUGCUGCCACUUCAGAAGCCGAGCAAUUCGACGAGUAUGAUGUCGUUAAAAUCUCUCAAGUGUUUAAGAAGCGACCAUUUUUGUCUCUUCGCCGUAUGGUGCAGGUGGCUUCUACUCUGGGUCGCUGGGCAGCUCUCCGCUACUUCGAUGCCCAGAUAGGGCGGUCGGAAUUCAUGUUCAAGAAACGAGCUGGAGAACUUCGGGCUGCAUUGGUGCAGCUUGGUCCAGCAUAUGUGAAGAUCGCACAAGCUGUCUCGUCACGCCCAGAUGUGAUAUCACCUGAUUACCUUGAGGAGCUUGCGCUACUGCAAGAUCGAAUUGCUCCAUUUUCUACGCAGUAUGCGCUGAAUAUAGUUGAAGAGGAACUUGGAGUACCUGUGGAGUUGCUUUUCUCCGAAAUUUCCCCUCAACCUGUUGCAGCUGCAUCGCUUGGCCAGGUUUAUCAAGCUCGUCUGCGCGCAAAUGGAGAAGCUGUUGCCGUGAAAGUGCAGAGACCAGGUGUACGAGCAGCCAUUUCCUUAGAUAUCUAUAUUCUUCGCAACCUUGUUGGGGUCGCCCGCAAAGUUUUCAGGCUAAACACUGACUUGCAGGCUAUUGUGGAUGAGUGGGCUGCAAGUCUUUUCAAGGAAAUGGAUUAUCAAGCAGAAGCUAGAAAUGGCAUACGUUUCAAGAAACUUUUCGGGCAUCUGCCAGACGUAGUUGUUCCUGAGUUUUAUUCUGCUCUUACCAGCAAGAGGGUUCUUAUCAUGCAGUGGUUGGAGGGCCAGAGAUUGUCUGAAGUCAGUGAUCUACAUCUUGUUGAGGUUGGCGUCAAUUGCUCACUAGCACAGCUGCUUGACUGUGGUUUCUAUCAUGCUGAUCCACAUCCCGGCAACUUGAUGAGGACACCUGACGGGAAACUUGCGUAUCUUGAUUUUGGAAUGAUGGGUGAAGUAAAACAGGAUCUCCGGGACGGUCUGAUUGAAGCUGCGUUGCACCUCAUCAACCGUGAGUUUGAUGCAUUGGCUGGUGACUUCGUUACUCUUGGACUGUUACCACCGACAAAUGAAGUUGGCGAGGUUUCCGAUGCUUUGACAGGCGUAUUCCAAAAUGCCGUAAGCAAAGGUGUACGCAACUUGAGUUUUGGAGACCUAUCUGGAAAUUUGGGCGUCACAAUGUAUCGGUACAAGAUUCGAUUACCAGCGUACUUCUCACUUGUUGUCCGAAGCUUGACAGUACUGGAAGGUAUAGCGCUUAGUAGUGAUCCUAAUUACAAGGUCCUGAGUAGUUCCUAUCCAUGGAUUGCGAGAAAAGUCCUCACAGACAGCUCUCCACAACUGCGAACCAGCUUGCAGGCACUCCUGUACAAGGAUGGUGCUUUCAGAAUCGACAGAUUAGAAUCCUUGGUAACUGAGGCUAUGCGCAACACACUGGCAGAUCCUGAUGCCAGUCCUGAAACAAAUGCUGCGGAGUCAAGACAGCUUGUUAAGAAAGUUCUGAAUUUUACAUUGGGUGAUCAGGGAUUGUUCGUGAGAGAAAUUGUUCUGGACGAGUUAGCGAAGGGAGUAGAUGCAAUGAACAGAGCACUUUUCGACAGGGCUGCAGCAGUGUUAUCAUCGCAGUUGCCGAUCAAUCUGUCGGUUCCUUCUCAGUUCACUGAAGAGGAGGAUUUGGAACAUUUGAACAACUUGCGACGACUCAGUUUCUUACUUUCUGGCUCAUCAACCAACAGUUCGAGCCCUCCUGAGAUGUACAAGCUUUCGGAUGGAAGGAUGCAGGAAGUGGAAAGGGUUCCGGCUGCAGAAGAGUUAUCUUUAUUACUGGAUAGCUUGAACUCCUCUUUAAAAUAUGUGCCAUUGCUUACGUUAAUCCCCGAGUUGCCGCUGACCGCACAACGAGAAGCACUUCUCUUACCAGCAGAGCUAGCUGGAAGGUUGGCAUCCAGGUUCAUCGCAAGAACCAUCAGAAGUUCAGUCCCGAAAGCAAUUCCCUAAUCUGCCACGGCGGAAGUCAUUGUACUAUUUUGGAAGACGUUAAAGAAAUUUCGUCCGGUGGACGUGAAGAGAUGGGAAGCUCGAGGUGAAUUUUCAAAAUUGAUGUUCAUUGCUGUAGCCCAGUUCUCUGAAUGGGAAGAACUUGGAGGGCUUGUAUGAGUUAAUAAUUUGCACCUGGCGGGUAACACGUGCACUAAAAUCAGGAGAUCUGUGGUUGUUAGGGUCGACUAGAUAGAAGAAAUAUGGGUUUCGACAAUUGUGUAUCCUUGUCACCUUAGAAGAGAUUGCAUUAUGGAUGUAGUGAGUGACACUUAGUUUAGUGCCAAGGUACGUUCUAGUACCGCUGUGCUCGUGUACAAUAGCAUGUCAAUAAAGUGUACAGUACCCAAUGCAGAUCUUUUAACUUCAGAUGUCUAAAAGAUGAUGAGGCAUCUUGAACUUU